AUGCCCAACUCUCAGCGCGCGGUCAUCUGGAAAGGCCUUUUGGGGGGGCAUUGCUGGCCGUUGCAAGCACAGCACCAUGGAAAGCGACCAAAGGACAAGCCAAAGAUCCCCGAAGAUCAACCCAUGUCAGUUGCCUUGAAGACGCCUCCGCCAACUAUGCCGGAUCAACAGGACUCGCCGGAUCUCACGGACGCACUAGAACACAAUGAGUCCCUCGCAGAUCAGGAGUCAAAUGAUUCCAAAGGGUUUGACCUCAUUGCGACUCUUCCAGAGAAAUUUCAUUUUCUCUUGGUGCGCGAGGUUGAUUUUGAAAAGCGUCAAUGUACCAAGAAGAUUCUUACCAAAGUCAUCACUCACUUUCACCUGUCCUGGAAACCUUCUGGGGGGGCUCGUAAUUACGUUUCUAAACGCUUUCUCGUCGGUCAGUUCCUAGAAAAGGUCAAGCCGCACUUUGACGCAUACCUGGACGAGCUCAAAGAAACGGAAGCCUUGGUGACUAGCAAGGCUCAAAAAUCUGAAAGUAAUGUCAAUGGCAAGGGCGACACAAUCAAUCUCUCUGGGAUUAAUCCCAACAACCCCAGCAUCACCGUUGAAAUAAUACUUGACAUCAUUGCCGAACUCAAGCCUAAGGUCAAACUCCCAGAGACCAUGUCAAAACAUUCCGCAAUUGUUGCUUAUCACCAACACGUCAUGGCCCCUCCUGUUGGAGGUUAUCCCCCUCCAUUCACUUGCCCACCCUACGUUGUGCCAGCCCCUUAUCACAGAUAUCUCACCCGCGAUGAGCUUUGA